AUGGGGAGGGAGGACAGGCUUCUUGGCUAUCGACCCCUCUUCCCUACCUCCCUUUAUUUUGCUUUAGUUUUAGUUUGUCUUUUCUUUAGUUAGUCUUUUGAAUAGUAAGAGCAUAUCUUUCGUGAGGGAGGGAGUAUUUUGUUUCUUCCCUCUUUUAUUUUUUUCUCUGUUUUUGGUCUCUCCCUCUCCUAUCGAAGGGCAAUAUUUUCUCUUCCCCAUUUGUCGAGUGAUUUCUAGUUUGUGUUGGUUUGUUAGAUUGCAGAUAUGUGCUAAAUGGUGCUAAAUGAUAAGGGAAGAGGUUUGAUUUGCUUGUGGAUGGUCCACGCAUGUUCUCAGAGGUCUCUUUGCUGGCUGAUGUCUCAUAAGACAAGGUGCUUGCCAUCGAUUCUGCAAGGACUAUAGGAGAUUGAGAAACCAGUAACUAUGCCAUGCCUCUCCUAGCUUAUGUAGCCAAGGCUUCUGUACUAGUAUUGAUUAUUGCACUUUUCACCCUGCAUUUUUAAGAUCGAAGGCGAUGUGUCAUAUAGACCUUCGGCUGUGGCGAGAAGUUGUAUUUAGUUUGAGCCUUCCUUGUGUUUAAAGAGGUUGUGCUUUCUUCUUUGCAUCUUUUGCAAUUUCGCCUACAGUUGGUUUUCUUGGCCAACACUGGCAAAGUAGUCCUGAAGCCAUGGCUACAAGAAUUUAAGAUAUAGGUUGUGGGCAUAUUUGGGCUUGUAAUGAAUUUGGGUUUGAAGUAGUGUGGUUUUUCUUUUGGGCUAGCCUUAUAUUUUCUUCAAUUAAAUAUAUCUUUCUCGUUAAGAAAAAAAACUUACCCUUAAAAAUUAAUUAUUUCAUUCAUCGUUUUCAUUAAUUUAACUGUUUGUAAAAAAUUUACGAGUUAAACAAUAAUAGUUUGUGGAUCAAAGUUAAAAUCCAUCAGCCGAUUUGACCCGUGCCGGUCCAAACCGGUAUUUUAUUUUUUGUCUGCUACCGAUAUCAAACCACCGCCAUAGCGCCGCUCUCUUUCACUCUUCCUUUCUUUUAGGGCAGUCACCUGAACCCUAACACUCUUUUCUGGGUAUUGAAUCCAAAUCCCCAUAUCUCUUUUCAUCGGAAAAAAUGGUUUUCGUUAAAUCUCCAAACAAUAAGACCCUCUUUCUCCACGUCAACCCCAACAUCACCACCCUUUCCGCCCUCAAAAACCACAUCCACUCCCAAUCCCAAAUUCCCAUCUCUCGCCAACUAUUUUUAUUGCCUUCAUUUAGUCCCGUUUAUAAUCCAAACGGCCUUCAAAAUUCCGAUGAAAUUCUCCUCUCCCAGCUGGGUAUCACCCCCUAUUCCACCCUGACCCUGUAUAUACCUUUCCUUGGUGGCACCCAACCUCCUGCUCCGCCUAAGCCCCGCCUUGAUUUCCUAAAUUCUAAGCCUCCCCCCAACUAUGUCGCUGGUCUUGGGCGUGGUGCCACGGGCUUCACCACCCGGUCUGAUAUUGGUCCAGCUCGUGCUGCUCCUGAUCUUCCUGACCGAUCUGCUACCACCAUUGGAGGAGCAUCCAGUGCCGCGUCUGGGAUCGGCCGUGGCCGGGGAAAAGGCGGCGAAGAAGAAGAGGAUGAUGAGGGGGAUGAUAAGGGUUACGACGAGAACCAGAAAUUCGAUGAGUUUGAAGGGAACGACGUCGGGCUGUUUGCUUCGGCGGAAUAUGACGAGGACGACAAGGAAGCAGAUGCGGUAUGGGAGGCAAUUGAUAAGAGGAUGGAUUCGCGGCGAAAGGACAGGAGGGAGGCGAGAUUGAAGCAGGAGAUCGAGAAGUACCGAGCUUCAAAUCCGAAGAUCACUGAGCAAUUCGCGGAUUUGAAGAGGAAAUUGUACACGUUAUCCGCCCAAGAAUGGGAGAGCAUACCAGACAUUGGUGAUUACUCGUUGAGAAACAAGAAGAGGAGAUUUGAGAGCUUCGUACCAGUACCCGAUACCCUUCUCGAGAAGGCGAGGCAAGAGCAGGAGCAUGUUACUGCUUUGGACCCCAAGAGCAGAGCUGCUGGUGGGACUGAAACGCCAUGGUCGCAGACUCCAGUCACUGACCUGACUGCUGUUGGUGAAGGGAGAGGCACUGUGUUGUCAUUGAAGUUAGAUAGGUUAUCCGAUUCUGUUUCAGGGCUCACUGUGGUGGAUCCUAAAGGCUAUUUGACGGAUUUGAAGAGUAUGAAGAUUACAAGUGAUGCAGAGAUUUCGGAUAUUAAGAAGGCGAGGUUGUUGUUGAAGAGUGUUACUCAGACUAACCCAAAACACCCGCCUGGUUGGAUUGCUGCUGCAAGGUUGGAAGAGGUGGCCGGGAAGAUUCAGGCAGCAAGGCAGUUGAUACAAAGGGGCUGCGAGGAAUGUCCUAAAAAUGAGGAUGUUUGGUUAGAGGCAUGUAGGCUGGCUAGCCCUGAUGAAGCCAAAGCAGUUAUAGCUAAGGGAGUGAAGAGUAUACCAAAUUCUGUUAAGUUGUGGUUGCAGGCUGCAAAACUGGAACACGAUGAUGUGAAUAAAAGUAGGGUUUUGAGGAAGGGUUUAGAGCAUAUUCCCGAUUCAGUUAGGUUGUGGAAAUCUGUUGUGGAGUUGUCUAAUGAGGAGAAUGCUAGAACAUUACUUCACAGAGCAGUGGAAUGUUGUCCUUUGCACGUCGAAUUGUGGUUGGCGUUGGCAAGAUUGGAGACAUAUGAUAAUGCGAAGAAGGUGUUGAACAGGGCCAGGGAAAAGUUGGCCAAGGAGCCUGCUAUAUGGAUAACUGCUGCCAAGUUGGAGGAGGCAAACGGUAAUACAUCAAUGGUGGGAAAGAUUAUAGAGAGAGGUAUCAGAGCUUUACAGAGAGAAGGGUUAGUGAUUGAUAGGGAGGCAUGGAUGAAGGAGGCUGAGGCAGCGGAAAGGGCAGGCUCUGUGGUGACUUGUCAAGCAAUUAUUAAGAACACAAUUGGAAUUGGAGUGGAGGAAGAGGAUAGGAAGAGAACAUGGGUGGCAGAUGCAGAGGAAUGUAAGAAGAGGGGAUCUAUUGAGACUGCUAGAGCUAUUUAUGCUCAUGCACUAACUGUGUUUUUGACUAAGAAGAGUAUUUGGCUUAAAGCUGCACAGCUUGAGAAGAGUCAUGGGACUAGGGAGUCGCUUGACGCUUUGUUGCGCAAGGCGGUUACUUAUAGGCCACAAGCUGAAGUUCUGUGGCUUAUGGGUGCUAAAGAGAAGUGGCUUGCCGGCGAUGUGCCUGCUGCAAGGGCUAUUCUUCAAGAAGCUUAUGCUGCUAUACCAAACUCUGAGGAAAUUUGGCUUGCAGCGUUUAAGCUUGAAUUUGAGAAUCAUGAACCUGAAAGAGCAAGAAUGCUGCUUGCUAAGGCUAGAGAAAGAGGUGGUACAGAAAGAGUGUGGAUGAAGUCUGCCAUUGUUGAGAGAGAGUUGGGCAAUACUGAGGAGGAGAGGAGGUUAGUGGAUGAAGGUUUGAAACGCUUCCCUUCAUUCUUCAAACUCUGGUUGAUGCUUGGGCAGCUUGAGGAACGGCUUGGUCACCUGGAAAAGGCAAAGGAAGUUUAUGAGUCAGGUUUGAAGCACUGUCCGAGUUGUAUACCCCUUUGGCUUUCUCUUGCUAAUCUUGAAGAGAAAAUGAAUGGGCUGAGUAAAGCACGUGCUGUACUUACCAUGGCAAGGAAGAAGAAUCCUCAAAACCCUGAGCUCUGGCUUGCUGCUGUCCGUGCUGAAUCAAGGCAUGGGAAUAAGAAGGAAGCUGAUAUCCUGAUGGCAAAGGCUUUGCAGGAGUGUCCUAACAGUGGCAUAUUGUGGGCAGCAUCCAUUGAGAUGGUUCCCCGUCCACAACGCAAAAGCAAGAGUAUGGAUGCCCUCAAGAAAUGUGAUCACGACCCUCAUGUUAUUUCUGCUGUGGCCAAGCUGUUCUGGCAUGAUAGGAAGGUUGAUAAAGCUAGAACGUGGCUGAACAGGGCAGUUACUCUUGCUCCAGAUGUUGGGGAUUUCUGGGCUUUAUAUUACAAAUUUGAACUUCAACAUGGGACUGAGGAAAAUCAGAAGGAUGUUUUAAAGAGGUGCAUUGCUGCAGAACCAAGGCAUGGUGAGAAAUGGCAGGCAAUUUCAAAGGCUGUGGAGAAUGCUCACCAGCAAACUGAAGCCAUUCUGAAGAAAGUUGUGGUUGCACUUGGGAAGGAAGAGAAUGCCGCUGAAAGACAUUAGUUGAUUGUAAGCUUGUAGUUGGCUGCUACUGCCCCUGUUUGGUUGCAGGAUAGAUGAUUAGUGGCUUAGCACUCUUAAUGCCAAUUAGAAAUUAUAUUUGCCAUGUACUUCAUUGUGAGUUUUCCCUAUAUAAUAUUUUACCUAUUUACUGUAUCUUCAAGGAGGCUGAAAAGGAUGUAGAAGUACUUGCAUUGAAUUUUAGAAUCGUGAUGAUAAGACUAUUCUAGGUUUGUUCUAGACUGA